CUGAUGGCCAACGGAGCUCGAAAGCAACUUCGCACUCAGUGAGCACGGAUCGGCCGCAGCCAUCAACGUCCUCAUCCAGUCCUAACAUAACACGACCCUCCGACCCUAGGAUUCAGAAUGCGACAAAAGCACCGAUGCCACAAUGGCAUGGGCCUGCAGUGCGCCCGGAAUUUCCGCCCCAAGGCUCCUAUGUCGGCAUUCCGAUGACUCUAAUCAUGACUCUCGUCGACGUCUAUUACGCCAGCGUGUAUAACGCCUCUCUUUUACUGCACAAGAGACUGUUCAUUGAAGCAAUAGCAUCGGGUACAGCUCGUCCUCAUGUCGUCCUUAGCGUAUGUGCCUGGGCUUUGAAUUUUUAUCGAGGCCCUGACGGUCGAUCAGCUCUUUGCAACCACGAUUUCAGUACGGAGUGGGCAGACCAAGCAGGCAAGCUUGCCUUUCAAGAAGUGGAGAACCCAACCGACGAGCACAUCGUGACGUUCAUGAACCUUGCACUUUUCUGGUACAGUCAGGGCUCAUGGCGUAGAUCUGUCAUUCACAAAGGCACUGCAGCACAAAUUGCGCACCUCCUCGGGCUCGGAACGGACCGACCAGGUAAAGAAGACAUGUGGCAGUCAGAAAUACGUCGCCGUCGGUUUUGGGCUUGUUAUCUCAUGCAUUGCCAUGCCAUCGAAACGUGUGCUGUGGGAGCGUCUGCCGAAAACACUCUGAACCUCACGUUGCCGUGGACCGAGGAGGAUUUCGAUGCUGGCGUUGCGACCAAUGCCAGAGUCUGUUUGAAGUCCGGAGACAGCAAUGGUGGCAUAUUCGCCGAACUAAUCAAAGCCUUGACAUUUUGGUGCGAGGUCAAUGCUCUGGUGAAAUCUCCGGAGUCCAGCACUAGCGAGAGGCUUCAGGCGAUCUACGCCCUCGAUGAUCGGAUAUCGAAAUGGCGGACCGAACUUCCAGACUCGCUUCAGUUGACGGUUGACUUGGUCACAGAGAUACCCGACGAGGCUCUUCCGAACCUGCUACUCCUUCACAUUGUGCAUCAUCAGUGUCUUUGCGCUCUCCACGCCUCAGUAGUGCCUCUCUUUUGCUGGAGUGCAGCUGACGCGACGUGGUCUGCGGCAAGACAGAUGUCUGCCCAGGUGGCCUACGACAACGCCUGCGCCGCUUCAGUGCUGAUCGACGCAGUCCUCUCAUCUUUUCGUCGACUUAGCGCAAUACCAAGUUUCGUAGCCUAUGCUGCAUAUUGUGGCGCUGCCAUACAGAUCCCUUUCAUGUGGUCUACCGAGCCGACGGUGAAGCAAAGGGCGUACGAACACGUCAGGGCCAAUACCAAGAUGAUACGUACCCUAGCAAAAUAUUGGAAGUUUGCAGCCUUGUUGGAAAGCCAUGUGCGGUACAUCUACCAGAUUCAUGCUAACCACCCUACAAUACUCGAAAACGAGCCGAAGUAUAUUGACCCAAAGAAGCUCACAAGCUUCAGGACCAACGCGGUCCACGCUAGAGAGUCCAUCCUGGGGCACAACCGUAUACUGUGGAGAAAUGGCAAUGCCUUGCCCAGUCAGGGCGAAGAGGUCGCGGAUCUUGGGCCCGAAGAUGAGAGUGAUGGUGAGUUCGUCACAGGUCGUGCGGCACUUGAUAUGCGCGGGAGAGAACUCGUGGUGGACGCCGCCAUCCAGCCCAAGCCGCUACAAACGUCUCGUUCCCGUUCCCUUACACAAGCAGUCGCACCGCCCAGUCGGCGAGAUUGUGACCGAGCGCGACAACAAAUUUCUGGAGAGUUAUUGUCGAUGCCGUUACCGCCGCCCUUCCCGUACGCACCGCCACCGCCACCGCCCAUCGAAGUAAGCCCCCCCGGUAUGCCAUCGCUGGACUUUUUUCGCCCUUUCCACGACCCCGAGAUGCUCGAUUCCUUCCCCAAUGGCCAGGCGAUGGACUUUUCACUCUUCGAGGCCAGUCCCUCAAGUCUCGACUUUUUGGAGCUGUGGCCUUCCGGCCCUGCUUAGUGAAUUCGCGUCCUGCGCCCUCGAUGGGGGGUAAUUGCUGGCGAAGCCUAGCUAUCGUGAUACCUUGGAUUGGACUGGGUUGGACAAGAUAGGCGGCGACGAGUGCCCGUCCUCCCACGAUAGGGAUUGACACAUGUCGGUGCGAACCACAAAGGGAGGCGAAGCAAAAAAGAACAAAGAUGUCGGGUCUACCGACGUUCAUAGUAUGACUGAUGGGGAAAAGGGGGAAAACUAUGUCGAGACAUGUAUCCAUGUACUCCGUAGUCCUCAGUCAAUGUGGACCGGACAUUGCAGGGUGUUACAUUGAACGGGUUUCAAGUGAAUCACAUUAUUUUCAGACAGCGAG